AUUAUAUAAUGUGGACACAGCAACAUAUGCUUGGAUGCAGCAUAAAUGUUGAUCUCUGGAGGAGCGGUAGGACCAGUCUAAUAAUUUUUGCCAGUACGCAUAUCAUAUAAGGUGGUACAAGUGGUGCAUCGUAGUGAACCCUGCGAAGUGAAAUGAACAGCAACAUACUGAAUUGUGUGAAGUGAAGUGAGUGGCAGUAUAGUGAAAUGAGCAGAUUUGCAGUGGAAAAGGAUGAAAUGUACGACAGGAGGACAAGAACAGGAGACAAGAAUCCGGAAGACAGUGCAGGCGAGACAGGAUGUUGCAGGUGAGCGACCAACGUUCCGUCAACGGGAAUACUCGAGCGUGCAAGAAGUAUCUAUCGAGUUGACAACCAUCGGAAUAGACGGUGACCUCAUGCUUUACUUAAGCUGCGCGCACGACACGACAACGAGACAAUUAAACUUCAGUUUGGUAUACGGAGUGAAGAAGACACGAACGAGUUGCUGGUGCGUGCCUGUGGUGUGGCUAUAGAUUGCUGAGUGUCCGAUGUGAAUUUCCCAGCAAGGAGGAGCAGAGGGAUAGAACAGUGACCCUUCGCCCGAUCGAAGUACCAUCCGAGAUUUGCAUCGGAACUGGUCUUGGUCCAAGUCACCAUCCUGGUCCAACUAGAUUAAACUUGGCAAGAUCAGGCUCAAUCAGGCCAAUCGGGCCUCGGCUGAUUGUUUUCCUCAUAAAAAUCUUGUAAAUUUCCAAGAUUCAUCCGACAGCUCUCUCCUUGAUAAACGUUGAUCGUUAAUUGAUACCAGAGUGAAGAUCAUUGUAUUAUCAAGCGAGCCAAUUGCACUCGUCCUCGAGAGACAUUAGAGUCUACAAGCAGACCGUUCUCUAUGUCGUAAAUAAGUACCCAGUGGCAGUUCACACGUGUUCCCUUGGUACUCGAUUGUUUUCACCGUUCGAGUCUUUGACUGGCCCCGACGGCCCAGGCCCCCGAGUCGCAUGUGUCCCCCUGGGUGCAUGCGUGGCUUCAAGGGAGAGCGUGCGAGGACCGAACUGAAAAAGAGCGACCUAGACAGACGCCGAGAUGACGACGAUGGGCGUUACGGUGUUUUGCAACAGGCUGCAAAUUAAUGGCGGAGAGCAAGAGCAGUUGAUGCUGCUCAGGAGUCUUCAGGAUAACGAGAGCAACAUCCUGAGCAAUCAGACGGGAACGAUGGGUUCGGGAACGGCGCAACUGAUCAUCCCCAGGAAGAACGGCGGGCUGGCCAACGGCGGGGCAAGUGGGUACGACCCCUCGAGGCUGAAGAAGCACGGGAAGAACGGCCAGCCGCCGCCGGUCGCCGUGGCGCGUCGCAACGCGCGCGAACGAAAUCGCGUGAAGCAGGUGAACAACGGAUUCGCGACGCUCCGGCAGCACAUACCGAGUCACAUCGCAGCGGGUUACGGGGACCGCGGGAAGAAGCUGUCGAAGGUGGAGACGUUGCGCAUGGCCGUUGAGUACAUCAGGGCGCUUCAGAGACUCCUGGCAGAGGCCGACGGCCUGGAGUACGAUCCCAACGGAGCGAUCGCUGGCUACCAGGCUGGACACGGGGCCAAUGGACUCAACAACGUGCCGUCCCCGGCGAGCAGCAUCAUGUCCUCCAGUCACAAUGGCUCCGCCGAGCGUCUUCUUCUGGAAGACGAGCUGGAGGACGAAGACGCUAAGCCCUCGAUGGCCGUCCUAGGGUUGUCUCCAAAGAGCUUGAUAACGUCGCCGCCGUCAGGCUCGUGCGAGUACUACGCGCCCUCUUCGGUCGGCGACGAGGAGAACCUCGAGCCCAGGUCGAAGGCGACUACGUCGGCGUCAGUGUCCUCGAGAACGAUACACCAGACGUUCUCGCGCCUGUCGCCCAGCUCUGCUGCCUCGCCAUCUGAAUAUUACAGCCAGGGCGAAGAGAAUCCUGGAGAACCGGAGGAAGGAACUCUUACCAGGACUGUGUACUCCUCCAGUCCUGACACCUUCUCCGGCGCCCUCUUCUACAAGCAGGAGAUACCCGAGUCCGGCGAGUUCAUGGACGUGGUCAGCUGGUGGGAACAGGAACAGGGACGGCUGGUACAACACACGCAGCAUCUGACCCAUGCAUAAGUCUCUGGACUUUUUCAGGUUGCUGCUUGAGAGGAAACUGCGGGGGAGUAAAACGGAAGGAAGAUACGGAUGACAUUUUUUUUUAUGAUCUCAGUCGGUAGAGGAUCCAGUCCGCUGCCUCAGGAUUGACCUGAAAUUGGCCUUGAGAUAAGGUUAAGGUUAAUAAGCUAAUAAUUAGUACAUGAUUAAUCUUGGAUUAGCUUACGAUUAGCCAAGGAGUAACACCGACGCCUACUGAUCCUGAUCAUCAUCAUCAUCAUCAUCAUCAUCAUCAUCAUCAUCCUAUACGUCGACUUUCUUCUGCACGUGGCCAAAGUACUUUGUUCUUCUGUUUCGGUGAGAUUCUCGCGCAAUUUUGAAUAAACGACUGAUAAUGAUCCUCGAGUGCCUUAGAGAUACGCGGAUGACAGGUUAAUAGAUAGUUUUAGAGAAUUUUAAUCGACAAUGAUGGAAAAGUUCGACAGAGCAAAGAUUGACGAGGGGAAAGGAUGCUGGGAGUAAUCGGAUGCAUAUAUCACAAAAUGAUAACCAAGCUGUAUCAAAUAUUUUCAAUGUCUGCCAACGAGAGUGCUUAGCUCCAGAGAUAAACUCAAUGAUUCUCAAUUAAUCAGGUUGCGAGUUACGUGAUAAGGAAUCGAAUCGCCAUUGAAUGCCAUUUAAAUCACUAAUUGUAAGCUAAUCAAAAUAAAUUGUAAAUACCAGUGCCUUACUUAAGAUAAAUAAUCCACUCGGCGUAAAUCCGAGUUAUUUUGUACUUGAUAUUUUUUUAUCGAAUAUU